UGUGUGUGUGUGUGAUGUGUGUCGGGCUAGAAAGUGAGCCUGGGUUUCCAGCUGAGUGCUUGCGCUCCUCUCAGUGUGUGUGUAUAUGUGUGUGAGCGCGUGCGUGCGUGCGUGUGUGUGUGCUGUCAUUAUUACUAUCCAGUCUGCUCCCCCUGCUCAGAAUGGCCAGAUUCGCUCAGACUGAGACAAGACGGCAGCAGCCUCCCCCCCAGCAGCCCCAUCCCGCUCACUCCAGCCUGCUCUCCACCGGACCCGGGGCUUCACCGACCCAACAUCCACUCCUCCCUCUCCCGCACCAGCACCAGGGCGCCCAGACCCCAUUCCCCAAACCCAUGAACGGGUCAGAACCCAUCUCCAUUCAUCCGGAGAACGGCACCAUGAAAGACCAAGACGCCAUAAAACUCUUUAUCGGGCAAAUACCGCGGAACCUAGAGGAAAAAGACCUGAAACCCCUGUUCGAACAGUUUGGGAAAAUCCACGAAUUGACAGUGUUAAAGGACCGAUACACCGGCAUGCACAAAGGCUGCGCCUUCCUCACCUACUGUGCCCGUGAAUCGGCCAUCAAAGCCCAGAAUGCCCUCCACGAACAGAAGACGCUGCCAGGGAUGACUCGCCCCAUCCAGGUGAAGCCGGCCGACAGCGAGAGCCGUGGAGAAGACAGGAAGCUGUUCGUGGGGAUGCUGAACAAACAGCAGACAGAGGAGGACGUCUAUCGCCUAUUUGAGCCCUAUGGAGUCAUCGAGGAGUGCACCGUGCUAAGAGGCCCUGACGGAAACAGCAAAGGCUGCGCCUUCGUUAAGUUCUCCACACAUGCUGAAGCUCAGUCUGCCAUCAGUGCCCUGCACGGUAGCCAGACCAUGCCGGGCGCCUCGUCCAGCCUGGUGGUCAAGUUUGCUGACACGGACAAGGAGCGCACCAUCCGGCGCAUGCAGCAGAUGGUGGGCCAGUUCGGCAUCUUUAACCCGGCCAUCGCCCUGCCCUUCAGCACCUACAGCAGCUACGCACACGCGCUGAUGCAGCAGCAGGCAGCCCUCAUGGCUGCCAGUCAUGGAGGCUACCUGACGCCCAGUGUGGCCUUCCCCACCACCCAGAUCCACCAGAUGGGGGCGCUCAACAUCAACAGCCUGCCACCCACCCCCAUGACCCCGGUGUCGGGUGAGUUUCAUCAGACUCUGGGUCUCAGCUCACCGCCUGCAAACAUCACGUCUUCGGCCGUCCCCAGCAUCGUCACUCCAAUCGUCAACGGCUUCACAGGCAUCCCUCACCAGCCCAACGGUCAUCCAGCAGUGGAGGCCGUCUACACCAAUGGCAUGCCGCCUUACUCCACCCAAAGCCCCACCGCCGCUGACACGCUCCAGCAAGCCUUCACUGGGGUGCAACAGUACACAGCGAUCUAUCCGGCGACCACACUGACCCCUAUUGGCCAAAGCUUGCCACAGCCACCCCAGGUCAUCCAGCAGCAGCAGCAGAGAGAAGGUGAGGGGCCCGAGGGGUGCAAUCUCUUCAUCUACCACCUACCGCAGGAGUUUGGUGAUAACGAGCUCAUGCAGAUGUUCCUGCCCUUUGGAACGGUCAUCUCCUCCAAGGUGUUCAUGGACAGAGCCACCAACCAGAGCAAAUGCUUUGGCUUUGUGAGUUUUGAUAACCCAGCGAGUGCCCAGGCCGCCAUCCAGGCCAUGAAUGGCUUUCAGAUCGGCAUGAAGCGAUUGAAAGUGCAGUUAAAGCGGCCGAAAGACGCCAGCCGCCCCUACUGACACAGCACGAUA